UCAUUUUGAGCACGGCAUAGCAGUCAUUUUUCCCUCUCUCAAUCUCCACAAAACCCACCAACAAUAAUGGGCCCCUUCGUUGUUAAAAUUGGGCUUGGGCCACUCAAAAUUCUCGAACCCAAAAUGUCAUAACCAGAGACGAAACUCACACUGUGCUUUCUCACUUGCUUUGAUUUUUCCCAUUUCCCAAAACCCAAAAAAAAAAACCUCAGCGAUCAGCCACUCUCACUCUCACUCUCACACUGAAAAGAGAGAAAUGUUGCGGUCAAUUCUGAGAGCCGCAACUGCUACAAGCUUAAAACCCCAUUCAUGGACUCUCCAAUCCUCACCAAUCCCAACCCCACCUCCUCCUCCUCCUCAGUACUCCUUUUCCUCAGCUCGAAAUUACUCGGUCAAGAAUGCCAAGCCCACCACUGCCACCAAGGGCAAGAAGGGCAAGUUCAAUAAAUCCGGGGAAGACGCCGCACCGGCCGAGGUCGACGCGGCGGUCUCAGAAGCACAAGCUCGGGCGCGGCGCCUCGCCAUGGACGAAAAAGACCCCACCCUCGAUGUGGGCCCCAAUGGCCUUCCCCUCUUCACUUCCACGCCUUCCCUCUCCCUUCUCUCCCGCAAAGACACUUGCUCCUACUUCAAAUUCAGUAUGGAGUCUUUGAAAUCGGCAUUGCCGGAGGGGUUACCGACUGGGAUGGUGAAGGAAUUCGAGGACUCGCUUCGACCAGCUCUUCUUGUUCGCCAGAGCUUUUUGGAUCUUCGUGAUAAUUUUCGCCGAAUUGUUGAUCCCCCAUUGACACUCUCUCCUAGUAAAGGUCCCAAACUUAGGAAGCAGGUAGUGUUGGAUGGUCCUGUGAGCUGUGGAAAGAGUAUUGCACUUGCAAUGCUUGUUCAUUGGGCUCGUGAUGAAGGUUGGCUGGUUUUUUAUGUUCCCAGGGGCCGAGAUUGGACUCAUGGAGGAUUUUUCUAUAAGAACCCAAAUACGGGUCUUUGGGACACACCUCUUCAGGCUGAAAAUGUUCUCAAGGAUUUUCUGAAAUGGAACGAAUCCCACUUAAAACAACUACCAUGCCAAAUUAAUGAUCCAAUUCCAUUGGGAGAGGGUGCUGGUGUUGGGCAGUUGAAAGAUGUUGAUAACAUGGCAAUGCCUGAAGGUUCAACGCUUUAUGACCUGGUUAACACAGGAAUCAAGCACACACAUGCGGCUGUUGGAGUGGUAGUUCGUUUGAGGAAAGAGUUAUCACUUGUGAAAAAUAUCCCCGUGCUUAUAGCAAUUGAUCAAUAUAACAGCUGGUUUACAUUCAGUGAGUAUGAGGAAGCAGUAAAGGUUCAUUCUCGACGACCAGUACAUGCUAGAGAGCUCACAAUGGUGAACGCUUUUAGGUCUAUGAUGCAUGAUGACAUGAUGGUGGGUGCUUUCUCUCAUUCAACUGCUGUAGGAAAGUUACGCAAAGACUUGCCAGAUGUUCCUGAAGAUGCUCGUGUUAAUUGUCCUCGUUACACGUUAGAUGAAGCAGCAUCUGUUUGCCAUUAUUACCUUAGGCAAAGAUUAGUACAACAUGAAGUAUUCUCGGAGGAAAACUGGAAGAAAGUAUAUUACUUGGCCAACGGAAAUGGAUCAGAGAUGAGGGGGUUGGUUCCUUUCAUGCGACAAUCGACAUAAUAUACUCUCCUUUUGACCUUUGUUAUAGAUGUGCAUCCACAGAGGCGCAUGUUUUGCUCUCAUUGCCUCUGGUUUUGAUCUCCUUAAUGAAAAUUAAUGAAAUUCUGCCCUCAUUGGAUUCUUACCCUAAUGCUACCACUGAAGUAGCAAGUUCCAUUACACCAGUUAUUUUUUGGCUAAGAUCAUCUUUCCUAAUGGAAUUAGCGUCCAAAGACAAUGUACCAUAUAUAGAUCAUUUAGCAUUUUGUAGUUUUGACCUUCGAAAUUCCUUUAUCUUUUUUUGUAAGAAAUUUCUUUUUUGCUAAGCCAGGUUUCUGUGUUUGCCUA